AGGUGUCUCCGGAAGGUGGUGAUUGACUCCGCUGUCCUGGCGUCGUGAGGGAGCUAUCCAUUGUUAUUGUAGAAUUAAUGCUACAGUAUUGCUUUCCUGGUUUCAAGUUAUGUUAGUCUUUAUCUUUAUGAUGAAUGUAAUUGUCUUCUUCAGGAAUGAAGGUGACUCAACUAGACUGUCUGUGUGUGAUUCUUCUACAUCUCCUACACACAGCAGGCUCUGAGAAGUUUGAGGUUCUUGGUCCAACUGAUCCCAUUGUUGCUGUGGCUGGUGAUGACAUCAUUCUGCCAUGUUACCUCAAACCCAACAUCAGCGCUGAGGACAUGACAGUGGACUGGCUGAACCUGGACUUCAAAGACAGUCGUGUCUAUCGUUACCAAAACCACAGAAUCAUACGAGAUUAUCAGAUUCCCUACUAUAGAGGAAGAACUUCACUGUUUGAAGAGGAGCUGUGGAGGGGAAACACCUCUUUGAAACUGACCAGGGUACAAGGCACUGAUGAGGGACGUUACAAAUGCUUUAUUAAGGCAAAGAGCUGGUAUGAUGAUUUCACUAUUCAAGUCCUCGUUAAAGCUGUAGGAUCCAAGCCAGUGGUGUCCAUUGAGGGACACAGAGAGGGAGGGAUGGGUCUGCUGUGUGAAUCAGAAGGCUGGCACCCUGAGCCUGAGCUGGCGUGGCUGGACAGUAAAGGAGUCCAUCUCUCUGCUGGACCUCCUGAAACACACAGAGACUUCAAGGGAUUCUACAGAGUCAAACAACAUGUCAUUGUCCAGGAGACUGACACCAACCGCUUUACCUGCAGAGUCCAACAGAGCCGGAUCAAUGAGAAGAUGGAGACAGAGGUUCACCUCCCUAGUGAGUUAUUUGAUUACGCAACCCCAUUGAGAAUGGCCUUCAUUCUGUUAUGCUGUCUGGGAGCCGUCACUGUGAUUGGGUUAGCUCUGGCUAUCUACUGCAUAUGCAAUCAGAAAGAUUACCACAAGAAGGAGAAGGAUGAAAUCAUGGAGGAGAAGGGUAAGUAGUGGCUUCAGAUCAUCACUUUGCUAGAUUUAUGAAAGC